AUGGAUGAAAUGGCUGUUGAGAGAGCGGUGGGGCCACUGAUUGACGUGGUCAAGGAGGCGGUGCUGGCAGCAGUGAGAGAGCAGCUGACUGAACGCGAAAGGGUGGUGAAUGAGUUGCGGCACAUGUUGAUUGCUGUGGGACAGAAGGAUCAGGCGACUGCUGCUGUGGUGAAGGAGAUGGAGGGAGAGUUGGCUGCAGUGACGGGAGAGUUGGGUGAGCACAAGCAGUCGACUACAUUGCAGCUGGAGGAGGCUGAGAGGAGACGAGUGGCUGAGAUGAGGGAGAUGAGAGGGCAGGUGGAGGAGAGGGAGAGAGAGCUGGCAGCAAUGAAGGGGGAGGUGACAACAGUGAAGGUGAUGGUGACUGCAGUGAAGUUUGAGGUGGAAAAUCUGAAGUCUGAGGUGAAUACAGUGAAUGGGGAGGUGACGGCAGUGAAGGGGGAGGUGACUGCAGUGAAGGAAGAGGUGAGUGUAGUGAAGGGGGAAGUGACUGCAGUAAAGGGGAAUGUGACUGCAAUGAAGGGAGAGGUGACUGCAGUGAAGGGGGGAGUGACUUUGGUGAUGGGGGAAGUGACUGCAGUGAAGGGGGAGGUGGCUGGACUAAAGUGGGACCUGACUGCUGCAAAUGGGGAGAUAACUGCAGUGAAGGGAGAGGUGAUUCCAUUGAAGGGGGAAUUGGCAGCUGUAAAGGGGGAGGCAGCAGCAGUGAAGGGGGAGGUGAGAGCAGUGAAAGUGGAGGCCGCUGAACACAAGCAGGCAAUUAAGUUGCAGUUGGAGGAGGCUGAGAGGAGACGAGUGGCGGAGAUGAGAGGGCAGGGUGAGGAGAGGGAUAGGGAUGUGAAUGCAGGGAAAGCGGAGCUGGAUGCAGUGAAGAAGGAUGCUCUCAUGAACAUGGAUGUUGACUUAGUGAUGUGCGAGGAGUUAGUCCAACAGAAUGUGCGAGUCCUGAUGCUGGAGAGGGCGAAUGUUGCCUUGGAGAAUGAGGUGAGUGCGUUGAAGCGCUCACUGGGUGUUGUGGGAGAGAGGAGUGUAGCGACUGCCGCUGUGUUGGAGGAGAGGGGGAGAGUUUUGGCAGCAAUGAGAGGGGAGCUUAUUGGAGUGAAGGGGGAGUUGGGUGCAGUGAAGGGGAAGGUGGAUGAACACAAGGACGCGAUGACAGAGCAAUGGGAUAUGGUCGAGAAAAGAAGGGAAGCGGAAUUGAGAGAUCUGGGAGAGAAUUUGGCAAGGGGGAGGGAGGAGAGGAGGAAGGAGUUGCAGGAGUUGAAUGGGCGUGCCAUGGGGCCACUGAUUGAAGUUUUGAAAGAGGCGGUGCUGCCAGCAGUGAGAGGAGAGCUGGCCGCACACAAGGAGAAGGUGAAUGAGUUGCGGCAGAUGUUGAUUUUUGUGGAGGAGAGGAAUGAGGCGACUGCUGCUAUGGUGAAGGAGAGAGAGAGGGAGAGUUGGGGGGAGGUGGGGGAGGUGAAGGGAGAGGUGAAGGGGGGGGUGGGGGAGGUGAAGGGGGAGGUGAAGGGGGAGGUGGGGGAGGUGAAGGGGGAGGUGAAGGGGGAGGUGGGGGAGGUGAAGGGGGAGGUGAAGGGGGAGGUGGGGGAGGUGAAGGGGGAGGUGGGGGAGGUGAAGGGGGAGGUGAAGGGGGAGGUGGGGGAGGUGAAGGGGGAGGUGGGGAAGGUGAAGGGGGAGGUGGGGGAGGUGAAGGGGGAGGUGGGGGAGGUGAAGGGGGAGGUGGGGGAGGUGAAGGGGGAGGUGAGUGAGGUGAAGGGGGAGGUGGGGGAGGUGAAGGGGGAGGUGAGUGAGGUGAAGGGGGAGGUGGGGAAGGUGAAGGGGGAGGUGAGUGAGGUGAAGGGGGAGGGGGAGGUGGGUGAUGUGGAGGGGGAGGUACGAGGGGUGAAGCGGGAUCUGGCUGCACUGAAGGGGAAGAUGGUUGAGGUGAAGGGGGAGGUGGGUGAAUUACAGGGGGAGGUGGAUGAAGUACAGGGGGAGGUGGGUGAAGUACAGGGGGAGGUGGGUGAAGUACAGGGGGAGGUGGGUGAAGCACAGGGGGAGGUGGGUGAAGCACAGGGGGACGUGGGUGAAGUACAGGGGGAGGUGGGUGAAGUACAGGGGGAGGUGGGUGAAGUACAGGGGGAGGUGGGUGAAGUACAGGGGGAGGUGGGUGAAGUACAGGGGGAGGUGGGUGAGCACAAGCAGUUCUUUUCAUUGCAGUCCGAAGAGGGCGAGAGCAGUCCAAUGGCUGAGAUGAGGGAGAUGAGAAGGCAGGUGGAGGAGAGGGAGAGGGAGCUGGCAGCGGUGAAGGGGGAGUUCGCUGAGCAGAAGGAUGCUCGCAUGAAGGUGGAUGUUGACCUGCAAAUCAGGGAGAGUGAAGGCCAUCAGAAGACUGCAUGGCAGGUGUGA